UCGCGAAGCCUCCGUUGCGCCGCACUCUCCUCGCCUCCGACUCCGAACGACUCGGCAUCGAAAUGGCGGCGGCGGCUCGUGCCGGCUUCCGGCGGCUAUUCUCCGUGUCGGCCUUCGCUCCGACGCCUCCUCCCGCUGCGCGGCCCGCGGCGGAGCCCUGCAACAACCUUUUCGUCUCAGGGUUGAAUAAACGCACGACGUCUGAGGUACUUAGGGAAGCCUUUUGCAGAUUUGGUCAGGUUGUUGAAGCAAGAGUAAUCACCGACAGAAUAUCUGGAUACUCCAGAGGAUUUGGCUUUGUCAAAUAUGCCACCGUACAAGAAGCUGGUGAGGCAAUAAAAGGCAUGGAUGGAAAGUUCCUUGAUGGUUGGGUUAUUUUCGCUGAAUAUGCCAAGCAAAGAGAAGCCCCACAGCCGCCACAACAAGCAACGCCGUCAACGGCGCCAUCUGGCUAUCAAUGAUCUAUGUCUUCAUGGUCAGUCGAUUGUUAGUUCUGCGAGUGGAUGUUGCUCGCCAUCCAAAUAUUUGCAGAGAGAGAAUUUAGUGUGCACCACUGAACUGCCUUUGUUAUGACUAGCAUUGUACUUGAGUACUGUUACUUUAUGUGUACUGCAUAACUUCCGUCCCAAACUAUAGUUUACAGUUCACUACGUUCAUUUUA